UCACGGUAAUGCCAGCUGUGGAUCUGAAUCUCGCCCUUCGUCUUCACGCGACGGAGCAUUGCUCCAUUCCCGGACUCUCAUGCGCCUGCCUGCCUCUUCUCCCUAUACCCCAACUCCUUCUCUCCCCCUCCAGUCAAGGAACUGCUCCUCCCUUUGACUACCGACUGAAUACCGAGCGUGAUAUUGAAUUAGAUCCAUCGUGGUUGGGUAGGGAAGCCAUACCUGUAUGCAAAGAUUUGAUUAAAUUGGAUUCUGGACAGUUUCUGUGACAUCCUUCUAGGGAACAAUGGAUUUUCCUUUGAUAUCAAGGAGGAAAUUUUGGCCGGGUUUUGUGUAUUUGGUUAUCUUAUUCCAGUUGUGUAAUGGUUUCUACCUGCCUGGGAGCUAUAUGCACACAUAUUCCCCAGGAGAUAAAAUAUAUGCCAAAGUAAAUUCUUUGACCUCCAUUGAAACCGAGCUUCCAUACAGCUAUUACUCUCUUCCUUAUUGCCCGCCUAAAGAAGGCAUCAAGAAGAGCGCUGAAAAUCUUGGAGAACUGCUGAUGGGAGAUCAAAUCGAUAAUUCUCCAUACCAAUUCCGGAUGAAUGUAAAUGAAACUGUAUACCUUUGCACUACUCGCCCUUUGAAUGAGCACGAGGUAAAGCUUCUAAAACAGAGAACCCGGGAUCUCUAUCAAGUGAACAUGAUUCUUGAUAAUCUGCCAGCUAUAAGGUAUACCUACCAAAAUGCAGUCAAAAUUCAGUGGACCGGAUACCCAGUGGGAUACACCCCUCCCAAUAGCAAUGAUGAUUACAUUAUCAACCAUCUCAAGUUUAAGGUAUUGAUUCAUGAAUAUGAAGGAGCUGGUGUGCAGGUACUUAGUACGGGAGAAGAAGGGGGACUGGGGCUUCUUUCAGAAGCUGAGAAAAAAAAGGCUUCUGGAUAUGAAAUAGUUGGGUUUGAGGUUAUCCCAUGUAGUGUAAAAUAUGACCCCGACAAGAUGGAAAAGCUCCACAUGUAUGACAAAGCUCCAUCCAUAAGCUGCCCGCAGACACUGGACAAGUCUCAAAUUAUAAGGGAGCACGAGAAAGUGUCAUUUACUUAUGAGGUUGAGUUUGUCAAAAGUGACAUCAGAUGGCCCUCUCGUUGGGACGCUUAUCUGAAGAUGGAAGGAGCUCGCGUACACUGGUUCUCAAUUCUCAAUUCAUUGGUGGUGAUUUUCUUCUUGGCUGGAAUUGUUUUCGUCAUAUUUUUGAGGACAGUGAGAAGGGAUUUGACAAGAUAUGAGGAAUUGGACAAAGAGUCUCAGGCUCAGAUGAAUGAGGAACUUUCAGGUUGGAAGCUCGUAGUUGGUGAUGUCUUCCGAGAACCAUCUCAUUCUAAGUUAUUGUGUGUGAUGGUUGGAGAUGGAGUUCAGAUCACUGGGAUGGCAGUUGUCACUAUUGUUUUUGCAGCUUUUGGUUUCAUGUCACCGGCUUCCCGAGGUAUGCUAUUGACUGGCAUGAUAAUGCUUUAUCUUUUCCUGGGAAUCGCUUCUGGCUAUGUUGGAGUGAGAAUGUGGACGACUAUAAAAGGCACGUCAGAGGGGUGGAGAUCCGUUUCUUGGUCAACAGCUUGCUUCUUCCCCGGAAUUGUUUUUGUAAUCUUGACAGUGUUGAACUUCAUCCUCUGGGGAAGUAAGAGCACCGGGGCUAUCCCGAUUUCCUUAUAUUUCAAACUCUUUGCACUUUGGUUCUGUAUAUCAGUACCACUCACACUCUUGGGAGGGCAUUUGGGCACACGAGCUGAGCCCAUUAAAUACCCGGUCCGCACGAACCAGAUCCCAAGAGAAAUCCCUGCCCGCAAGUAUCCCUCAUGGCUUCUUGUUCUUGGUGCCGGAACUCUUCCUUUUGGAACCCUUUUCAUCGAGCUUUUCUUCAUCCUCUCUAGCAUCUGGCUCGGUAGAUUCUACUACGUCUUUGGCUUCUUGCUUAUUGUCCUGUUGCUGCUGGUGAUAGUUUGCGCCGAAGUUUCUGUUGUCUUGACAUACAUGCAUCUUUGUGUCGAGGAUUGGAUGUGGUGGUGGAAAGCAUUCUUUUCUUCCGGAUCAGUCGCACUUUACGUAUUCCUGUACUCCAUCAAUUAUCUGGUCUUCGAUCUCCAGAGCUUGAGCGGACCAGUGUCUGCCACGCUUUAUCUUGGCUACUCGCUGAUAAUGGCGGUCGCAAUCAUGCUUUCUACAGGUACCAUUGGCUUCCUUACUUCGUUCUACUUUGUCCAUUACCUUUUUUCGUCAGUAAAGAUCGAUUGAGGGCUUCAAUCUGAGGUGAGUAAGAGUCUGUAGUAAGUUUGGGCUUUUACAACAUAUUUCAUCACAGUAUUUGCUAUAAAUAUUCUGUAUCUCAAAACUAGAUAUCGCGAUACAUUUAGGACUACAUCACUAUUCUCCAUUUGAGUUUUAUUUUGUUAUGCCGUCAUCCAUGUGAGAGAUCUUAUGUUUUCGUCUUGCUAUACAGCCUAGCUGCUCAUAUAAUCGAAAUUAGACGUGCUUGUUUGUUCCUUGGUACAGUAGCUCUCUAUGUAGUAAGAACUCCGUUAUACUCGAGUCGGGCGGUUAUCCAUUGUAUUUCAUUGAUGAUCAGUUUGUACUAUUUCUUGCCGGUGCGGGAUUUUUUAAGUCAUGUUAUCGAGUAUUCUGUUGUCUUGAUUGUUCA